AUGACGAAUGAUACUAGUAAGAUAACUAAUACAUCUACUACAAAUAAAAAUCGUCCAUGGAUACAAACAAGUCGAUAUGAAUUUGAAACAGUAUGUCGUUCAACAUUAUGUCCUAAAGAAUGGCUUCAAGUAGAUAAACUUUAUGUAUGUGAAUGUUGUUUAAAAACAACCAUUCAUGGAACAUCUGCUAGGCGACAUCGAACAAAAUGUUCGCAAACUCGUCCACCUGGUUGUUUAAUUUAUAGUCAAAAUGAUGUAAAUCUUUUUGAAGUACUUGGAUGGAAAGCACAAACUUAUUGUGAAGAUUUAUGUUUAAUAGCUACUCUUUUUAUUGAAAGUAAAGUCGAAAUAAAGAAUGUUCAUCGUUUUCGAUUUUAUGUAUUGACUGUUUCUCAUGAUGAUAAUCAAUAUCAUUUUGCUGGAUUUUUUUCUAAAUUACAAUUUCAAGAAAGACUUAAUUUAUCAUGUUUACUUAUUUUACCACCGUAUCGUAAUCGUGGUUUUGGAAGUUUAAUGAUUCAUAUAAGUUAUGCACUUAGUCAUUUGGCUAAUAUACAUACGGGUACACCUGAACGUCCUCUAUCAACACAAGGAUUAUUAUGUUAUAGAAAAUAUUGGAAAUCGAAAAUAUUUGAUUAUCUAUUAACAAAAACAACUGAUGAACAAAUUGCAAUAAAUGAUAUUAGUAAAGUAACAUCAAUUUCAACUUGUGAUGUUAUUGAAACAUUAGCAGCAUUAAAUAUGAUACGAAUGUUAGAAAAAGAUAAAUUAAUUAUCUAUCGUUCUCAAGAAUUACUUGAUGAAUAUGAACAAAAAUCGAAAGAAAUUAAUAUUCGACCAGAUAUCAUCAAUUUUGAUUUAAAAUAUUUAAAAGUAAAAGCAACUUCAAUUACAUUACCAUUUGAAAAUAAAUGUAAAAAAUUGAAAUUUGAUGAUGAUGAAACAGCAAUGACAUUUUUGAAUUAUUAUCCAUCAUCGCACAUAGAUCAACAAUUAGAUUAA